UUCGGCUGAACAUACACAAUGCAACCUGUUCUGAGUUAGCCAGGAAUAUCUGAAAUCCUUCCAGGGUCGGAGAGAGGAUCACUGGAAGAGAUGCUGAAUUUAUAAGAUGGCACACUAGAACAAAAAGGAGCUAUUAGUCUUCCACAUGUUUCCACCCUUCCGUGAGGAAGCUGCUACCUCCCACUACUGAAGGCAUCUUCUUAACCAAGUCCAAUUAAAUUUGUAAGCUUGUGGCCUACUCACUGACUUCUCCAUUCAUCAUGGAGGCCAAAAGCGAGACAGCUUCCCAGGAAGUCAAUCAGAAACUGGUCGAGGCCAUCAAGACAGGCAACAUCAAGGAGGUCCGAGAGCUACUGGAAAGAGGAGCCGAUGUCCAUUUCCAGGUGGAGGGUGGCUGGAUGCCACUGCACUUGGCAGCACAAGCAGAAAAGGAAGACAUCGUUCACCUUCUGCUUGAAAAAGGGGCUGAACCCUGUGCUAGAAAGAAAAAUGGUGCCACUCCCUUCAUUGUGGCAGCCAUUAAGGGAAAUGUGAAUGUGAAACUGCUGCAGUAUUUCCUUUCAAAGGGGUCAGACAUCAAUGAGCGGGACAACAAUGGCUUCACGGCCCUCAUGGAGGUUGCCUCUUAUGGGAGGAAGGAGGCCUUGGAAUUCUUAUACGGACAAGGGGCCGAUGUGAACUUAAGACGGAAGACCAGUGAAGAAAAAACAAAGCUGGGUCAAGGAGGAGCAACGGCCCUCAUGGAUGCAGCCGAGGGCCACCUCCAUAUUGUGCAAACCCUUCUGGACCAAAUGGGGGCUGAUGUGAAUGUGCGGGAUAACAUGGGCAGGAACUCCUUGAUCCGUACUUUCCGGAAGUCCACAACGGAGAAUGCAGAAUCUGUUGCAGGCUGCCUGCUGGACCACCACAUUAAUGUCAAUGUGAGAGAUGAAUCGGGGAAAACCCCUCUGAUUCUGGCAGUGGAGCAGAAGCAUUUGAGCCUGGUGCAAAAGCUUCUGGAACAGAAUGGCACGGAUGUCAAUGACACAGAUAAAGAGGGCAAAACAGCACUGCUCGUUGCUGUCGAGAAGCAGUUCAAAGACAUCGUCUGCCUACUUUGUGAAAAGGGAGCGAAAACAGAUUGUGGGAAUCUUAUUUCUAUAGCCAACCGGCAAUAUAACACUGACCUAGCAGACCUGCUUCGCCGAUAUGGUGCUAGAGAAAAUUUCCACUGCUCCAACACAGACUGGAGCCCCCAAAGCAAGCAAUGGGGGGAGCAACUGAAACACCUGAACAGGAUAUAUCGUCCCAUGAUUGGGAAACUCAAGAUCUUUAUUGAGAAGGAGUAUAAGAUUGCAGAAACCUCCGAAGGUGGUGUCUACUUGGGGUUCUUUGACGGACAAGAGACAGCUGUGAAAAUAUUCUGUGAUGACAGUGAAAGAGCCAAGAAGGAAACCGACUGUAUCCUAGAGUGGCGAAAGAACCGCCAUCUUGUAAAGCACUUCGGCACUGAGAUAAACAACAAUUCUAAGUACGUGUGCCUCUCCCUCUGUGAGAGGAACUUGGAGGAGCACCUGAAAAGUCACAGAGAUGCAGGUGCUGAAUUCACCAAAGAUAUUCUCAAGUCCCUGUUUAAGGCAGUGCAAGAAUUACAUCAGUUUGGAUUCGUCCAUCAGGACCUGCAUCCAAAGAACAUCUUGAUAGAUUCUAAAGAUGAAGUGUGCCUGGCAGAUUUUGAUAAAAGCUGCAGGUUUGCUAAUGAUCAGACACUAGUCCAUGGUGACUUCCAGGCACUUGGACGACUGGUCCAGUACGUGGUAACCAAAGGAGAGGACCCCUUUGUGGAGAAGGGAGCUGCAGGUGAGCCUCAGGAGGUUGGAGCGGGUCUAUCUGAAAUCCCGGAUCACGCUGAGACGGUGGACCUCAUCCAGAUACUGCUCUCCCCUGGGGUUGCCAGACAGACUCAGCUGAGUGACAUCCUCUACCAUCCCUUCUUCUGGCCCUGUAACAUGCGCUACAGGUUCCUAAGGGAUGUUGGGAAUGAAUCGGACAUCAAAACUCGGAAUACUGAAAACAUGACCCUGAAAAAACUGAAUCAUAAUCCUUCUGAGAGUUACUCAAAAUGGACUUCGAAGAUUGAUAAAUAUGUGAUGACUAAAAUGAAUAAAUUCUACAAAAAUGAAAAAUAUCAAUAUCAAGAUAAAGUGACUGACCUCCUGAAAUUAAUCCGCAACAUAGGCGAGCACAUUGAGGAGGAAGCCAAUGCAGGAAUGAAGGCACUUAUCGGGGAUUCUGCUCAGUAUUUUCAGAAGACCUUUCCUGAGCUGGUGAUGCACGUCUACAAGAACAUACAGAACACAGAAUUCAUGAAACAUAUUCCAAAUGCCCACAAUUGUCUCCUGCAUAACUGACUCAGCUUCUUGCUACUGCCGAAAUACUGUCACCCGUCGCCGGGGACGGUUUCUUUCAGAAUCGGCGCGGCGAGAGAGAAAGAGAGAGAGAGAGAGAGAGACC